ACACUCGCGUGUGCAGAUGUGGAUCGUGUCCGUCUUCAUGCGUCACUCGUUUCUGUCUUCUUUCCUCCUGUAUUUGCAUGAUGAAUGUGUUGUUUUCACUCGUCUCUUUCCUCAGGACUAGUAGUUGGGCUGCUCUUGACGCAGCACCUGAAGCAGAUCUGCUGGAGGAGACGGAGAAGCUGAUGGCGGAGAAGGUGGAGGUGCAGCGGCAGGCGCAGAAGGAGAGCGGCGAGCUGCAGCAGCAGGUGAAGGAGCUGGAGGCGGAGCUGGAGGAGCAGGUGAGCCGUCUGCAGGAGCUGCAGGAGACGCACAGCACCGAGACGACCGACCUGCGGCAGCAGAUACAGGCCUUAGAGAAACAGCUGGAGAAGAACCGCAAGUUCAUGGACGAGCAGGCGGUGGACCGCGAGCACGAGCGAGACGUCUUCCAGCAGGAGAUUCACAACCUGGAGCAGCAGCUGAAGAAUCCCGCCAAAACACAGACAGGAAGUGACCGGCGGGACAGAGAGGUGCAGGAGCUGAGCGCGGCGCUGCAGGAGAAGGCAGACUGGUGCAGUGAGCUGCUGUUGAGCUCGGAGCAGCUGCAGAGAGAUGUGUGUGAGAGAGACGAGGAGAUCGAGACGCUGGGAGCGCGUGUGAGGGAGCUGGAGCACACACGCCAGGUUUUUGCACAGGGUCUAGUUGAGGAGGUCCAGCAUGUGUCUGUGGCGAGCAGAGCAGACGUCACGCUGGAAGCACAGCUGCAGACAGAGAGAGAGGCUCUGGACAGGAAGGAGAAAGAGAUCGUGAAUCUGGAGUGUGUGUUGGAGAUGUUUAUUUGGGGGAUGGGGUGGAGGAGUGAGGAGGUGAAUCAGCUCCACAUGCAGCUGGAGAUCCAGAGGAAGGAGAUCAGCGUCCAUCAGCAGGACCUGCAGGAUCAGGCCCGGCUCGCUCAGGUCUUGGAGGAGAAGGACAGGCAGAUAGCCGUCCUUAACGAGCAGCUCGCUAAGCGUCAGCACACGGGAACAGACCCUGAGUCCGAGGCGCUGGAGGAGAAGGACGAGGUUCUGCGUGAGCUGGAGGCGCAGGUGGAGUGUCUGCGGAGCGAGCAGGAGCGUCUGAAGAGGAACAGCGAGGAGGAGGUGGAGCAGCUCAACGCCGUCAUCGAGAAGCUCCAGCAGGAGCUGUCUCUCAUCGAGCACAAGCAGCUUCAGGACGAGAGCGACGAGAUGAAGCAGAGGAUGGACGAGGUGACGACGGAGCUGGACACGCUGAAGUCUGCCCACCGCUCGCUGCAGAGCCGAUACGAGCGUCUGCAGGGGGAGACGCUGGCGGAGCUGGAGGAGGCUCUGCGGGAGAAGACCGCUGCGUUUGUGGUGGUCCAGGCCCAGGUGCAGGCGCUGGAGGAGAGCGCAGGGUCACAGGUCAUGAGCUUGAGUCGCCGCGUGGAGGAGAAGGACUCGGAGCUGCGCACCUGCAGGUUGAAGGUGGAACAAGCGCAAACGGACGCCGACGCUCUUCACGCUAAAGUGGCUCAGCUGGAGGAGAAACUCAGGGAGAAGGUGGCCGCCGUCCUGGUCAGCCAAGCACAACUGGGAGCCGUCCAGACGCAAACCAAAGAGCUCCGCGCAGAAGAAGCCAUGGGCCCCAGCGCGCAGCUGCAGUCGGAGGGCCUCACGGCGCAGGCAGCCUCCGCGGGGAAGACGAGUCUGCUGACGGAGAAGCUGAAGGAGCUGGAGGAGGGUCUGAGCGGGAUGCAGAAGGACCAGGAGCUGCAGAAGCAGCUGUUGAGCAGCUCUGAGGAGGAGGUGAUGGAGUACGAGAGGAGGUUAGCCCUGAUGAUCGACCUACUGAACCAAAUGAGACCCAAACCAACCCAUCCCAGACCGCUGCCGCCCGCUGAGGUGCGUCACUGCUGUAUAAACAAGGACACAAACUGCACAGGGCCUCACAGGAGGGCGAUCGGUCCACGGGCGGAGCUGCAGGAGGUCAAAGGUGAAGCGGCCGCCACCAAAGAGGAGCUGAACAGCUUCCGGGAGCGCAGCCUCAAACUGCAGGAGGACAUCGAGGUCAGAGACGCGUCCAUCGCUGAGCUGAAGGACAGAGUUCAGGAGCUCCAGACUGCUUUGGCCAAAUCCAGCGAGGAGCUGCUACAACAGACACCGUCCCAGCCUAAAGAAAAAGGAGACAACAGAGAGCAUCAUGGGAUGGACAAAAGCGCCCACUUUUGUGCAGUUCCUCGCACGAACUCCACAGAGCAGUCGGAGAGCUCCUCGUCUGUGAGCGGGACCCGAGUGGAUGCGUGUGUGCAGACGGAUCCGUCCGGAGAAGAGGAGCUGGAGGAGAUGAUGCUGGGAUACGAGGAGAAGAUCGCACAGAUGCAGGAGCUGCACGCGGCUGAGAUCAUGGACAUGGAGGCCAGACACAUCUCUGAGAGCGAGAGCCUGAAGAGAGAGAGCCAGCAGCUGAGAGACAAGCUCAGGACCGCACAGGGUCCGGCUGUGAGAUCCGAGCGGUCAGCCAUCUCUCCGUUUAAAGACGGAUACACCAGUGGUGAGAGAUUUAUCAUUACUACAACUAUACAUAUUCAUGUUCUGUUCUGGACACAGGUGGAUGGCGACUGGCGAGCGGAGCUGCUUUCGGCUGUUCAGCAGGUGUUUGUUCAGGAGCGAGACGUGCUGAAGAACCUCUUAUACUCUCACCUGGAGCGACUGGACACGGCUGACGCUGUCACUCAUCUCAACCAGCUGGAGAGAGCGCUAGCGGAGCAGGACGCGAGGCACAGGGAGCUCAUGGGAGCGCUGUGCGCCGCAGACAGAAGCAGCCUGCGCUCAGAGAUCCAGCAGCUCAGAGCUCAGCUCACACAGCGCCACCAUCAGGACACCGCCGGAAUGGAGCGCGAGAGCGAGGCCCAGCUGAUGUCUGGCGCUGCUGCGGUCGGAUGCGGCUCUGAUCGACUGGAGGAAAUAAAGACUGAACUGAACCAAACUAAACUAGAGCUAGAGAGCGCUCGCAAAUCACAACACAAACACCUGAAAGAACUCGACGCACUCAGGGCGGAGGUCUCACUGAAGGCUGCUGAAGUCGAGGGACUGAACGACACGCUGGCACUCGAGCAGAAGAGAGCCAGAGAGCUGCAGUGGGCCUUUGAGAAGGAGAAAUCCAAGUCUGACAGGAAGCAGGAGACCGAGAGAGAGGAAGUGGAGGAGCUUAAACUGGUUCUGGAGGAGCAGCGGGGUCGUGUGUCCGAGCUGUCCAGCUCUCUGGAGACAGAGGUCAGCGUCUCCUCAGAGCUGCAGGUUCAGUUAGAGGCUCAGAGAGCUCGAUCGGCGGAGCUCAGCGGUGCUCUGGAGAAAGAGAAGGAGCUGAACGCACAGCUGCUCCAGCGCUUCCAGACGAGCUCCACGUCUGAGACACAAGACACCCUGAUGCAGACGGAGGCCACCUGCAGCCAGGUGGAGGCCGGCGUUCUCUCCGUGGAGUCUCUCCUGCAGACGCUGCAGACGCAGCUGGCCGAGAAGCAGACGCAGGUGGUGCAGAUGAUGGAGGAGCUGGAGAGACAGAAGCUGGAGGCGGUGCAGCGCAAACGACAGUGGGACGAGGAGAAAUCCACCCUCGCCCGUGCCGCCGCGCAGGACCAGAAUGCAUUGCAGGCGGGACGCGACAGCCUGAGCAGCCUGGAGAGACGGGCGUCCGAGCUGCGGGCGGAGCUGGAUGCGGAGAGAGACAGUGUGAGGAGGCUGGAGAGAGAGAGGGACAGACUGCAGGAGACCGUGAGACAACUGGAGGACAACCAGAGCGUGAGAUCAGACGCCCAGCCGCAGGAUCAAACCCGUGACUGGGUGUUGCAGACGGGAGAUCUUCUGACGCUGCAUGAUGGUCAAAGCUCAGAUCCAAAACACAUGGACAACAUCCUCAGCAGACUGCAGCUCAUCGCCGCCAAGAUCAACCACCUGACCAGCGAAACCCCGGGCAGGUUAUCUGAGGAAGCACCGGAUCGGGACAGUCUAGCAUGGCUGCACAGUAAUGUACAGGAUGUGAUGUCACUGUUACAGAAUAUCCCAUCAGCCCCUUCUGCUCUCCCGGAGAGCGCCGCUCUGCUGGCAGGAGGAUCAUCCAGUCUGCUGAACCAGCGUUUGCUCAGGCAGAACGCAGAGCUCACGGGAUUCGUCAGCAGACUGACGGAAGAGAAGAACGACCUGCGAAACCAGUUACUGAAGCUGGAGGAGGAGCUGCGCAGAUACAGACAGAAGAAAACCACCGCAGAGAGCGUGAGUGAAUCAGUGAAUGAAUCAGUGUCGAGCCGGGCUGCGGUGGAGCGUCAGGAGCUGGUGUUAUUCUCUAGCGAGCGAGAGUCUUGGGCUCAGGAGAGGAAUCGUUUGGAGAAGUCUCUCCGUCAGGCCGAGGCAGAACUGACCCGUCUGAGAGGAGAGAUUCGCUCCGAUACGCUGCGGGAUCUGACCGGAGCUGAUCUGGACAACACGGCUCUCAGGAGGGUGUAUGGGAAAUACCUGCGGGCCGAGAGCUUCCGGAAGGCGCUGAUCUAUCAGAAGAAGUAUCUUCUGCUGCUGCUGGGAGGAUUUCAGGAGUGUGAGGAGGCCACGCUGUCUCUGAUCGCCCGGAUGGGCGGCUUCCCUGCACACACCUGUCUGGAGUCUGUGGGGCCUCAGCGCAGGGGCUUCACGCGCUUCAGAUCAGCUGUGCAUGUCUCCAUCGCCCUCUCCAGGAUGAGGUUUCUGGUGAAACGAUGGCAGAAAGCAGCUGGAGGAACCGUGACGGUCAGCAGAAACGGCCUCACUCAGAUCACAGGUGCUGACGUGAGGAACGAGUCGUCGUAUCUUCACCCCGGCGGUGUGGAGGUGUUCAGAGAGAGACGAGCGUCCAGCCGCGGACGCACGGGACGAGACUCUCCUCGCUCCGCAGCAUCGCUCCAGCACAGGUUUCACACGAUGGUCGGAGAUGCCGGAGGUUUACCGUGUUCACACCUGCAGAACUACGACCCCGACCGCGCUCUCACCGACUAUAUCUCCCGUCUGGAGGCCCUGCAGAGACGACUGGGGAGUGUGCAGUCAGGUUCCUCUUCGAGCGCUCAAAUGCACUUUGGAGUCAGAAGAUGAAGGUCUUCAUUCACAAUGAUACUGUCCUGAAGAAUCUCAGUUGCCUUCUCUUGUGCUGAGCUGCUGUGCUUUUGUAUUCUGACUAUAAACAUGUACAAUUCUGUGGGACCAAAACCAUGUUUGUUUUCUGUCUUUUGUUUGUGUUUGUGUGUGUGUGAAUCAUCUUAUAAUCAAGCUUUCGUUGGCAGCACUUGAAACCGCUGUACAUUAGUUCUUAUCUUAUUUGUUGUACAACAAUCACGUUACUAUAUAUUUGUGUAAUGCUAAUUUAAGUUGAUUAUUUAAUGGAGAGGUGUUGAGAGAGUUUGGACCAGGACGGCUGCUAUCGGACUCUGGAUAACGCCGAGCGACGCUUUACUCGUCACAAACACUAACGAGCCUCGUUAAGGCUGCGCGGCGGCUCGGUGUUAUCAGAUACUCUACACUGUGUUUUAUUCGCUCGCUCCCGUGAAAAGACCACAGAGGACAUUUGUAGAAGACAUAUUUUUGUAAAGGUUGGAGCUUCGGAUUUUAUGGGUAUUUUGUCAAAACUCAAAUAAAGAUUAAUAUAAUAUUUAAAAACCGC